AUCACGAGGCCUUUGAAAUCAUAAUCAUAUAAAGCCAUGCAGCAUCCCAAAUAGCAGCAUAUUAUCUUCAGAGUUUCUACACAGAAAUCACCUGCAGAAGCAUCAACCAUCAUGAACGCCUUCCUGAUGUUAACUGUUAUUGGAGCCAGCAUUGUUCUGUCCAAUGCCGUGCAGCCUCUGGGUCCGGGAUACAACAGCCGCUGCGUGUGUCUGAGGCUGGAGUCGAGGAUCAUCCCUCGGGGACACCUGCGCCGAGUGGAGAUCCUGCCCAGAGGACCACACUGCAAGACCACUGAGGUUAUUGCUGAUUUAUCGAGUGGAGAGAGGAUCUGUCUGAACCCCAGCACACCAUGGGUUAAAAAACUCAUUGUCUUCAUCGAGAGAAAGGAGCGAGCGACCAAGAAAGAGUAGAAGACGUUCAUGUUGUAACCUUUUGAUUACUCGAGAGACUCACAAGAAGAGUUUAUAACACUUGCAUGCUAUAGUUUUGCCAUCUCUGACAUCUUCCUGCAGAAUUAGAUUUCUGCUUUGUUUUUCUUGUAUCCUGAGCCUCUCAUUGUGAUUUAUAUGUGUUUUUCCUGAAAAUCAUUUCAAGAUGAACUGAAAAUAUGUGUCUCCUACACUACACACUGACUUAUAUGCUGACUGUUUUAAUUUUGCACUGAUACGAUCAAAGUUUUUGGUGUUGCUUUUAAUUGCCGUUUCUCUGGGGAAAAGUUUUUUUUUUAAAUAAAUGUUUUCUUUUAAAAUAAUCCAUUCUGUUUAUUGUACUUUGAGGAGAUUAUCCAUUUUCUCAAGAAAAUGACCAAAUGUUCCCCAGCAGGUUUUCUUGCAUAUGACAUUUCACAAUGCGUGAUUUCAUUCCAGAUGGAGCUGAAAUGUGAG